GGAAGGUUAUAUCUACCAGCUUAAUAGUUGAAGAUAUAAAUUAAUAUUGCUUCAUUACAGAGAUUUGAAAAUGAGGAUAAUAUAAGAAAACAGAUUGGAUGUUCACUGCUAGAAAGUAAAUAUAAAUGUCUGGGGAGAACAAUAACUGACUUCAGUCUGAUUUUGCCACUCAUUUCCCAUUUGAUGAAUUGAAAGAAAAUAGUGAUGAUAAAAGAUAAGGUUAUAUUUUGAAUUUGAUUAACCAUGGAUUAUGCCAUGCUAUGGCAGGCCUCACGGCUAGGAGAUACAAAUGUGCUGAAAAAUAUUUUGAAAAAGGAUAUUGAUAUUGAUAAACCUGAUGAGAAUGAUCCAAGAAACUGUUCAGCCUUGUUUCUUGCAAUUGCCCAAGAGCACAAAGAAUGUGUGAAAUUGUUGAUUGAUAAUGGUGCAGAUGUUAACAUGAAGGAUGCUUUUGAGAUGACCCCAUUGAAAUAUGCCUCUUCAAACAGACUUAAGGAUUGUACAGUGCUUCUUUUAGAUAAUGGAGCUGAUGUAAAUGAUACUAGCUCAGAUGGAAUGACACCGUUGAUGACAUUUUCAUAUUUUGGUAACCAUGAUGGCAUGAGAGCUCUCCUCAAUAGAGGAGCAAAUAUUGACUUGAUUGACAGUUCAGGUUAUACAGCAUUACUUCAUGCAGUUCAACAUGGACAUUCAAAAUGUGUUAAAACAUUGAUUAAACACAAUGCUAAUAUGCAUAUUGCAAACGAUCAUGGUGUUACUGCUUUGUUGUUAGCUGCUAUGAAUGGUGACCAUGAAUCACUAAAAGUUAUUCUAGAUCAAAACAUCAACCCUAACAUCAGUGAUGCAGAAGGCAAUACUGCUCUGAUGCUUGCAGCUGAAAGUGAAUCCCCAGAGUGUAUAGAAGAACUGAUCAAAUAUGGAGCACACAUAAAUGUUAUGAACAGUCACAUGAAAAAUGCAUUUACCCUUGCAUUACAGAGUAAAAGAGUUGAUAAUAUUAAAUUGCUUCUCAAACAUGGUGCUUGGUUCAGAAUGUCUAAUCAAAGACACUCUCUGAACAAUACUAAAUCUAAUAUUAAUGAAAAGGCUGUUGCUAUAAGUAUGUCUCUUGGACAUAUUGCACGAAUGACAGUACGGAGAUUAUUGAAUCAAAGACAGUGUCACAGUUGUAAUGCUUUUCCCCUUAUUGCGAAUGUAAGUGAAAAUUCUGAUGAACAAGAUGAUUCUAUUGAAGCAGAAAUUGAGAAAGUUGAAACUCGUCAUUAUGAUGAUUUAACAGAUACCUGUAGCUCAUUUUAUGCAAAUGUGCGGAAAUUACAACUUCCAACGAAAUUAAAGGAUCUCGUUCUGUGUAAAGAUUUGUUUUCAAUCAUUGAAACUGAAAUGUCAACAGAUUAAAUAAUCUUUAUCUUCUUGGCCUUCAUAUGAUAUAAGUUAUUUAAAGCUUGAAAACUAAAUUUUUAAGAUGCAUAUGUAAUAAAAUCUCAAUCCUCAGUUUGAUUUACCUGAAUCUGUGAUGCAAGAUCAACAGAAUAUACUGCUGUGCGGCGAAUCUCUGUUACGACUUCAUUUUGACCAAUUAGAGAGAAGGUAUCCCCUGCUCCAGGACGCCAAACUUGCAUGAAGACAGUAGAUUCUAAUUCAGAGUACACGAACCAUCCAGUUAUCUUGCCAGGAUGUUCAAUUUUCAAAUUAUCACUCCUUUCCAGAGUGAUGGUGUUCAAAUUGUCACGAUAUUCACGAGGCACCAAUUCAUUCGAUAAAGUACGAGCUAUUUCUCCUUUACCUAUAUCAUAAUAUUCACCAUUAGGCAUAUUUACUAGCAGUUUGUUAAAACUGUAUUUGAAGGAGAUAUGAAAUAUAUCACUUAUUACUACAGAUUAUGUGCAAUAAUGUGUCUUUAUGUCAUCUUUGGACGCACCAGUCUUCUCUGCGCGUUCAUCAACUGACGGGAGCCAAGUGAACAAAAAUGAAUUAUGUGCAGUUCAGCUGAAUAGUCAUAAAGAAAUAAUAUGCUUUGUUUAAUUUUACAUAAUU